UUUGAAUCACCAACACGCUCUUGAUGUUGGUUUGGUUUUUUUCAUCCUCAUCAUCACUUUAAAUUAUUCUCAUAUGUGAGUACAUUGGAUUUUGUAUUUGAUUCAUUUUGAAAUGACAACAAACAGUGUUGAUUUUUAUUUAUCACAAGAAAACAAUCUUUUGUGUAUCCCUGAUCAUGGCCAAUCACAGCAACAGCAACAGCAACAUCAGCAUCAACAACAUCAACAUCAACAACCCCAACCCCAACAACAACAACAACAACAACAACAAUCGUCAACUGAGUGGACCAAUGGGUCAACAACACUAUCGUUAGUUCAUCAUCAAUUACACCAUCAUCAACAACAAUCAUCACAACAAUCACAACAACAACAACAACAACAACAACAUUCUGACACCUUAUCCCCUGUUUCUAAUCCCAGACAAAGUCCAACUAUAACUAAACGUUACUUGACCGAAUACAUAUCGGAAAAUGGCUCCGUCAAUGACACUUGUAGUUCUGAACCACUGCCCAAAAAGUUACAUACCAAUGGUAAAAAGACUAAAGGUCGAGUUAAGAUCAAAAUGGAGUUUAUUGAUAAUAAAUUGAGACGAUACACUACGUUCAGUAAAAGAAAAUCAGGAAUCAUGAAAAAGGCUUACGAACUAUCAACCCUAACGGGAACCCAAGUCAUGCUCUUGGUAGCAAGUGAAACUGGUCAUGUUUAUACCUUUGCAACCAAAAAAUUGAAACCAAUGAUAACCAGUGACACAGGUAAAGCCUUAAUUAAGACUUGCCUAUUCUCACCUGAACCACAGACCAAUGGUUACGAUCCUAGAAUGUCAUCAACUGGUUACGAAGAGACGGAAUUAAGUUAUUCUGUUAACGAUGAUUCGUCUGAAAAGGAUGAAGAGGAUUCGUCAUCAUCCCAAGGUAUUUUCUCAUCUUCAACAGGAGCCAUUGGAACAACAUCAAAUUCAUCCAACAGUAAUCACAAUAAUCAGUCCUCGUCCUCAUUAUCUAAUCUUUAUCAUCAACAACAGCAAGGAAAGCAACAAUUAACUACUGCACUUGCAUUAACAACAACCAAAGGCAAUUGUAUCAACUCAUCUUCGUCUUCAUCCUCAUCCUCAAGUCCAUCUCCAUCAGGUUUAUCUUCAAUAUCUAUUAUGCCAAACAAUUGUUCAACCAAAUCAUCUAAUCAAGCCAGUAAUCACAAUUUAUCAUCGACAGUUACAUUGAUUGAUUCAAAACCAGCAACGACUUUACCUCUUAAAUUAACUACUUCAACCAACACAAUCAACCGUUCAAUUGGAUUGUCCAACAAUCAUAAUGAUAAUAACACGGGAACAACUUUCACUGCCGCUAUUUUAGGAGGGAUUUUACCUCAAUCAACUUUAUCGAAUAGGAAUUCAAACUCGCAAGAGUCACAUGAAUCGAAUGGAUCAAUGAAUUCAACAACAGUUUAUAAAAUACCUGAGUUCGGGGCAUCUUCAUUGUCCGAUCAAAGGUUAUCAUCUAAGUUAACAUCGCCGCUGUUCAACACUGGUAAUGUUGUUUUAUGUACCAACCAGACCGCCACUAGCAAUGGUUAUAUGUACCACACGCCUCAAGGGGUUGUUUAUGCAACUAAUCCUAAUUCGUUGUUUGCAGAAAGCCUAAUUUUGAAAUUUGGACAGAAUUUGAGCCAAAAAAACCAUUGUAGAGAUGACUUCGAAUAGCAAAAAAUCUAUUGAUAGUUUUGAUCAAAGCACUAGCUAUGUUAAUCGUACCAAACGUGAGUCAAUCUCUCCAACUGGAAAUAACGAUUCGGAUCAUGUAAGAAUGAAGUUCAAUAAAUCGUAAAAAUUUUGUUUAUA